AUGAAGGCGCGAUCCUUCGGCGUCGCGCCGCGGCCAGGCGCCCCGCACGCGCCCGCGGCGUGGGCAGAAGUGCGUGGACGCGCCUGCCUGAGAGCGCCCGCGCGGGCGCCGUUCCUGCACGGACGGCAGGCCGUUGAGCUGCACAGGGAGCGCACUCGGCAGCGGAACCGGCGCGGGCCUGCGCCGCCGCAGGCGGAUGUCUCGAUCGCGGCCCGCGUCGCCAGGGCAGCCGACUUCCUGGUCUCGACGUUUGGGCAGAAGGGCAUUGGGCAGGACGCGGCGACGCUCGCGGCGUACUUUGGGUGCAUGGCGCUGUUGGAGUACUUGUCCAAAGUGAUCCGGAGACCGCGGCGAUGGGGCUCGACCGGGUCGGCGAUCGAGAACGCGAACGACUACAAGGGCCUCAUCAAGGUGGUAUUCACCAGGUCCUCACGCACGGUCACGCUGUUCUCCGCCCUCAAGAAGCCCGUGGAGGUGCUCCUCUUCCUCCUGGCCGGAGCCAAGUCGCUGGAGCUGCUGGGCAAGCAGUUCGACAUCUGGCUCAACAUGUUCCGGUCGAAGGGGAGCUUCUUGCCUGGUCUCAAGGGGGAAGAUACCACUGCGCUGCAUAUGCUACUGAAACACGCCAACUUCUUGGUCGAGGGGCUGCACGACGGCCUGGUGGUGUUCACGCGGCUGUCCCUGAUCGGCCUGAUCGCGUGGUUUAUUCUGCUGUGGAAGAACCAGGCGAUGGAGCUCGUCGAGGAGGCCAUCCAGGACGCCCCGCGCGGCGGCAAGGUGGAGACUGCAGGCACUAUCAUUCUGAGCGUGUCGCAGCUCAUCUCCUGGAUCAUCGUGUCUCUCGCGCUGUUCACGACCCUCGGAGUGCUCAAGGUCGACCUGCGGCCGUUCCUCGCCGUCGGCGGUCUCUCGGGUCUCCUGGCUGGUUUCGCGGCGCAGUCCGUGCUCACCAACAUCCUCGCGGGCUUCCAGAUCUUCAUUUCGCGGCCGUUCGUUGUCGGCGAACGCUUGGAGCUACGCACGGGGGACGGAACCGCGACGGUGAUUUCGGGCGUGGUGGCUGCCAUCGAGCCCACGCGCACGACCGUCCGGGGCGAGGACGGGUAUCCGGUGUCGAUCCCCAACAAGAGCGUCACGGAGCUGCUCGUGGUCAACCACUCGCGGCAAAUGACCGAGUGGGGCCCGCUCGGGCCCCCGCCGCGGCCGUUCGAGCUGAAGAUUGCGGUGAGGCUCGAGGACGCGGACAAGGCGGAGGAGAUCAUCUCUUCGCUGCGGCGGUGGCUCAUCUUCCGCAAAGAAAUCGACGCAGAGCAGCCAGUGUUUGUGGGGUGGACAGGUUGGGGGGGUGGGGGCAAGGUGGAAAUCUCCAUGCGAUGCGUGACAACGCGGGCGGGGGCGGCGGACUUCCAGAAGCUGAAGGACCGCACGCUGAGGGAGCUGACUGACAUACUGAAGAAGAACGACGCGGCGCUGGCGUAG